UGCGCGGGCACCGCCCACCCCAGCAGCAUGAUUCAACCCUGCACGAAAAAAAAUCUUUAUAUAGCCAGUGUGAAACUGAGAUUUGUAACUCGAAAGGCAACAGGUCAGCCCAGGACUAGGCGAAGAUACAGGAGGGCCAGCCCAGCCUCGCCCCGUGUCUCGCCCUCGGAGAUCUGCGGGAGCCGCACGCCCCUGGGGGGCAAAGGAGAGGACUGGGCGGGGGUGUGAAAUUGACUAGCAAACUUUUCAAGUUUUGGGGCUGCCUGGCUGGUUUUUGAUCGCUCGUCUCGGCUCAACAUGAAGCCCUGGCUGGUGCUGCUGUUGGCUGUGAUUUGGUGUCCUAUCACUGGAGGGGAAGAGGACUCCGUUCAGGGUGGGAUCUGCUGGCUGCAGCAGGGGAAGGAAGCGAAAUGCACCAUGAUCCUAAAGACCGGCGUGACCUGGGAGGAAUGCUGCGGUAAUAGCAACGUUGACGUAGCUUGGUCCAACUACACCCAGCCAGGCAAUAAGAUCAGCCUCUUGGGGUUCCUGGGGCUGGUGACCUGCCAUCCUUGCAAAGAGACCUGUGAGGGGGUGGAGUGUGGCCCUGGCAAAGUCUGCAAGAUGAAACACGGCCGUCCCCACUGCGCCUGCGCCCCAGAUUGCUCCAGCCUGCCCAGGAAGCUGCAAGUGUGCGGCUCGGAUGGCUACACUUACCGCGACGAGUGCGAGCUGCUGACAGCUAAGUGCAGAGACCACCCCGACCUGGAAGUGAUGUACCAGGGCAAAUGCAAAAAGUCCUGCUCCAGCGUGGUGUGCCCCGGGACUCACACCUGCGUUGUGGACCAGACGGGCAGCGCUCACUGUGUGAUGUGCAGGACGGCCCCCUGCCCUGAUCCCUCCACCCUGGACCACACUCUCUGCGGCAACAACAACAUCACCUACCCAUCCGCCUGCCAUCUACGGCGGGCAACCUGCUUCUUGGGCAAAUCUAUUGGAGUCCGUCACUACGGAAGCUGCUUAGCUCUGGCCAAGUUCCCCCUCGAUGUGGGCGAUGCCGAAGAAAACUAUGUGUGAACCAUUCCUUCUCUGCCAAGAGACCGAACCCAGGAGACAGGGGCAUUAUGUGUAUAUUGUACAAACCAUAUACCUGAUAUUUAUUAAGAUAAAAGAUCCUUAUUUAUAUCUGUUUAUGUUAUGCAGACGCAUAGGGCCCGAUUCUCAUUACUCCGUUCCUGCAUCUGGGGCACGGGAGGGUGAUUAGGGUGGCUUUAAACCACCUUUCUGCUCCUCAUUGUCCAGGGUGGAUCAGAGCUGGUGUAAGUUAGAGCAGCCUCUGGGAUGCUCUAACUUAUGCUCCACGCCCCAUGGGAAGCAGUGAAUAGCUGUAGCACAGGGCACUCCAACCAUGUCUUCAGUCUGCCCUCUGUUCUGUGGGCUGGGAGCAGGACCAUUGUACAAUCUUUACACCAGCUCUACACUGGCUGGGGAGGCCCCCAUGUGUAGGAUGAUUCUCUGGGGGCCAUUUCCACCUUUCUUAAGGCCGCUUUAUGCUGCCAGAGGGCCUUAGUGUCCCUGAGAAUUGGGCCCACACUGUAUACUAGCCCCAAGAUAGCACUCCCGGGCGUAUUUAUUUUUUUGUUUUAAUUCUUGGUGCCUCCAUUUGCAGAAGUUCCUGGACCUGUCCAGCGGGAAUCUGAGGUUGAGCCUUCCCUUGAGGGACUUUCUGUCCUAGGGGUUCAGCUGUGGGGAUGGACAGCUCCCGACGGCAGGAAACUCAGUUCAAAGCUGUGGUUGUUGCAUCUUUUGUUUUCCUAAUCUUGUCCAAUCCAGGUUCCCGUGUAAUAAGCAACGUCAGUGAGGAUGCAAAGGUAAUACAACCUCGCACACUACCCUUGAGGGCGGGUUUUACACAAUGGACAAGACUGGGCAAACCUUUGCCCUUAUAAUGCCAUGCCCCUGGGUGGGUCAUUGGCAGCAGGGAUAGAACCUGAGACCUCUGGAGCUAAAAGCAUCAGCUCUGUUAGCCAGUGCUGUGGCAGGCUUAUUGACUUCUAGCUGCAGACUGCUCACCACUAGACAGGGACAGUGUGCCACAUGAGUGGGUUACACCAGCCCAGAUCAUUGCAACUGUAAAGGGCUCCAGAUACCAAGUUUGGAUUCAAAGCCAAAUUUACCCAGAAUUCAGUGGUGUUGGUCUCUGGGGUCUUAGUUCAGGCCCAUCUCGGUAAUGACUCUGGGCUUCAUUUUUCAUUGGCCUGCACCUUUGCGGAGCCAUUGAUGCUGGUGCAAAGCAAGUAUGCAUGGUAGCACUUUGCACUCGUUCGGAGGCUGUGCAAAGGGCAAGAUAUCUGAGACUAGUGCCCCAAGGGGAUGUGAGUUAAAGAGACUGGCAGGCAGCUUAGUUCCCAACUCUGACCUCUCCUAACAUCAUUACAAACCUGAUCUCACCCACAUCAGCUUUGCCCCAGCUUUAAGAGAGUUACUUUAAUUGACACCAGUGUAAGUCAGAGGAGAACCCGGCCCAGUGCCUUUUGGGUUUUAAAUAUCAUUCUGGGGUUUUCAAAUCAGUCCCUCGAUAGUUAAACCCCUGGUCGUCAUCAGUCCCACGCUGAAAGGCCACUGCUAGCUACGGAACAUGCUGCAGGUUGACUGCAAACUCUGUUUCCAGACUGGCCCCCUUCCCCCGGCUGCUGACACUGGUCACCAGUCUGGGACCCAAACAGGGGAGGAAUCCCAAAGAGAGUCACUCACUGGACAGCAGGGAGGGCAGUCAGGAAGAGAGGUGAUGAGUGCUUGGCAAACAGGGAAGCAUUGUGAGAUGAAGGUUGGCUGCGUGGUCAAGCCCUGAGGCUCAGGAGAUCUGCUUUAAUUCUCAGCCCUGCUACCGCUUCUGUAUGUGAUUUUGGGGACCCUGUGCCUCAGUUCCCCACCUGUAAAAAUGGGAGUGGGAGUUCUUCUUCUGUUGUCUGUCUAGUCUAGUUAGCAUCUCCUCCAAACUCCUGCCGCUCUCUCUCUCCCUAUGUGUAUUAACAGAGCCCUGCCCACAGAAGUCCUGAUGGCAGCAGGAGUCUCUAGUUGCUAUUACAUUGCAUUGGCCUGUGGUGUCCUGGAGGCGGUGCCUGGCUCCUUUGUGACCCACCCAAGCUGCCCCCUCUCCAGCAGGUUGGUUUCUUGAACCUUGUUACAUUAUAGCUGUCCCUUAUCAAACACAUCACAAGAACCUCAUGGACACAUUCAAAAAGGGGGCAGGGCAGCUGCUCUGUCCCCCUCUGGAGCCUCAGCUCAGCUUCCUCUGAUCGCAUCCCCGGUAUUUAUUUUUCACAUCCCCUGCAACAUCGUGUGUGUUGUGACCUGUGUAAAUAGCGUAUCAUCUCCAACAACCACGUGGCUCAGAAACUAUUGCCUUUAUAUUAUUAUAUAUAUUAAAAAAUCCCCUCUCUUCUAUUUUUGUAUGGUUGUGUCCCAAUCCUUUAUGUAUGCCAUGUAACAUGUAAGUUUCCUAUUCCAUAUUGUGUGGGGGCAUUUUACUGCUAUGUUACAUUUUGGGUUAUAAUUAAAAGGAAUAAAACUAGUUCCACGUC